GUAACCAUAUCUUAGAGACUGUCAAAACUACUCAUAAAAUACAUGAAUUAAAUUCCCAAAUAUUUGUUUACCCGAUGAAUAAAUUCAAUGUUAACCCUAUGGAUACAAAUCAAACCAAUAAAUUCUGUGUUGUGUGCGGCGAUAAAGGCAUAGGCUUUAAUUUUGAUGCCCUAACGUGUGAGUCGUGUAAAUGCUUUUUUCGUCGAAAUGCUUUGAGAGACCUGGAUUGUAAACUCGGCGCCAAUAAUUGUAUUAUUACAGUAAAUACAAGAAAAAAUUGCCCGAAAUGUCGAGUAGAAAAAUGUUUGGCAAAAGGCAUGAAAAAGGAUAUGAUAAUGAACGCGGAGGCGCGCACUAAACGGCGGCUAAUAAUCGCACAAAACCGUCUCAAACGUAAACUGGGUUCAGAGGUCCGGUGCCAUGAGUUCGAGCACCACAUCAAACACGAAGACUACUACGACUACUACAACUACAGCGACGUAUGGACCCAAUCAUCCGACUCUUCAUCGCCGCAAACCCCACAACCCAUUGGGUGGUCGACGACCACAUCAACGGCCGAUCCGUUUGACUUCAAUGCCACGGAUUACGAGUUAUACGACAUUUUUGGCGACAACUGUCCGUCAGAUGACUACAAAGUGCGGACAUACGAGAGGGCGUUCGCGUUGGGUAUGUCUGUCAUGUCUGUCGCCCGUCCGGUGACCGACUAUAGCACCCAAUUCAACGAGUUAGAAGGCAAUAGGUUUCGGGAGCUCUCGUACGCCACCCAAAUACUGGCCAUCAGUUUGUCCACCGGAACCGUUCAGCCGGUGAUGUCGGCCGAAGAGUUUCUCAUGAUUAUUGACCUCCAAAAGCUGCACGACAUUAAAAACGUGGUGAAAAUGUGCAAAAUGCUCGUCUCGUUCAAAGGCAUUUGCGAUCAUGAUAAAAUUACGCUUCUUAAGUAUGGCGCCCAUGAAGUACACUGUAUGCGAUCCAUCACUUACUAUGAUAUUGCCAAUGAGAGCUGGACCAUAAAUCUGAACGACAAGAAAGCGAUGGUUUUGAGACUGGAUUUCAUAAAAGAUAGCGAAAUAUAUUGCGAUUUCAGGGAAUAUAUAAACAAUAUAUUUACCGAAAUAGACUCCGACAUGAAUCUGCUUAACAUGGUAAGAUAA